AUGGUGGAAUAUAUAAGCAUUGAUGAAUUUGAUUGUGGGGAAAGUAGCAGUACUACUGAAGUGCAAUAUAGCGAAGCAGGAAACAGUGCCUCACAAGCUUCUUUAGAGAACAGUAACCCUGCUACUAAAUCUAAAUUGGUACAGAAACGUCGAGCGAAAAACCCGCCGGAAUUACAGGAAGCCAGCAAGCAGAUGGGCGCUGCUUUCAAUACAUUAAAUAGUAUGUUGCAAACCAAGAAAAAUACAGCAGAUAAACAAACGAUGACGCUGAUUUGUUUCGUAAACUUCUGGCAAAACAGCUCGAGGAUUUCCCUAAAGACGAAAGAGAAGAGAUAA